AUGGCUCCCUCCUAUACGGAUAUGUCCGUCUUGAUAUACGGAACUGGUAGUAUCGGAGCAAUCUUCGCCUACGUCAUAUCCAAGAGUAUCCCGGAGAAGAAUAUUUACGCCAUCUGCCGUUCCAACUAUGAUGCCGCCAAGGAACAGGGCUUCACCAUCGACUCGGAUCUGUGGGGAACAGGUCUAUCUGUACGACCAUGUAUCGUACGCUCUGUCGGAGAGGCUGUCGAGUCAUCACCUCAGCAAUUCAGAUGGCUCCUCGUUACAACAAAGGCUACAAUUGAUUGUCCCGAUGCCGAGGCUAUCAAACCUGCUGUCUCACCCAACACAACAAUCGUCAUCCUGCAAAACGGCAUAGCCAUUGAGGAGCCCUUCCGAGCUGCAUUCCCUCAGACACCUAUCCUUAGCGGUGUGCUCUACACACCCGUCAGCCAGACAGGGCCUACCACCUUCACGCACGGGACUCUAGACGAAGUAUUCCUGGGAACAUUUCCGGCCGCAGCCCCUGUCCUUCAUAUGAACGCUUGUGCCAAGUUUACUUGCCUUGUGAGAACAGGAGGCGCAAAGGCCCACCACAUCACCGAUAUUCAGAUUGAACGUUGGAAGAAGCUUCUCAUAAACGGGUCUGAGAAUCCAAUCUGUGCCCUCUGUCGUCUCCGAGACGCUGAGUUCUUCCGGAGCUCUUGCGGGGCGACAGCUUUUAUGAGGGAUGUCAUGUCAGAAAUUGCGGCUACUGCGCGCGCCGCUGGAUACACUGCAAUUGAUGAGGGGGUGGUUCAAGAACAGCUGGAGUUGUUGACGAUAAGACCACUUCCUGGGGUUAUGCCUAGUAUGAUGGCUGAUGCGCUUGCAGGGCGGCAGAUGGAAGUUGACGUCAUCUUGGGGAAUACGGUCAAAAUUGCUCGAGAGCACCGAGUGGCUACACCUCUUCUUAAGGCAUUGUUAGCUCUGACUACAGCUCUCAACAAGAGCAUUACAGCUGCAUCCUGA